GUUGCAUUAUAGCUGAUGCUAAUAAAAAUCAAACCAUUGGUCUUGGUAAGUUUUUACAUGAAAGAUAUUCAAGUAUGUCUAUUGAAGAACACCUUAUGCAUAUUUAUAAAAUAUGUAUUGUACAUUAUCAUAGAAAUAUAAACAAAUUAAAAAAUGUAUCUGAAAAAAUAAAAAAUAUUAUGAAAUCUAUACCAACUCUUAAAACUCAGGAUGAAGUAAAUAAUAUAAUUGAUAUUAUUAAAAAUUGUAAAUCUAAAGUUACAAGAGAUUGGCUUACAGAUAAAAAUACACCUUGGGUUUUAUCAGCAAUUUCUUCAGCUUUUACUAAAAUUGAUUUUGAAAUUUGGAAUACAAGCAGAAAUAAUACAAAUGUUAAUAAAAGUGCUCAUCAUAAUAUCAAUUUAGAUAGAACUUCAUUAUCAUUACUUGCAGCAAUUAAAAAAGCUGAAGAAUUCGAUAAUAGAGAAUAG